AUGUCACCAUUCAACCAAACUAUUCAUAACCAUCAGACCUUUACCUUGACUGGGAUUCCAGGAAUGCCAGAGAAAGACUUCUGGAUGGCCGUGCCCCUCUGCCUUCUUUACGGUGUCACGUUCCUAGGUAAUGGCAUUAUCCUCGUUGUCAUCAAGGUUGAGCGAAGUCUCCAGGAGCCCAUGUAUUAUUUUCUGGCUAUGCUAGCUGCCACUGACCUCAGCCUCUCAUUAUCUUCCAUGCCCACCAUGUUAAGUGUUCACUUGUUUGACUGGCACUCAGUAACCCUUGAUGUCUGCAUCACUCAGAUGUUCUUUAUCCACACUUUUGGGGGAGUGGAAUCAGGUGUUCUGGUUGCCAUGGCCUUUGAUCGCUUUGUGGCUAUUUGCUUCCCUUUGCACUAUGCUACCAUUCUCACUCAUGGAGUCGUCAUCAAAAUUGGAGCAAGAGUCCUGCUACAGAGUGUGAGUGGAGUGCUCCCUGUGCCUUUCCUCAUCAAAAGGCUACAUUUCUGCCACUCCCACGUCCUUUCCCAUGCAUACUGCCUCCAUCAGGAUGCCAUGAGGCUUGCCUGCGCUGACACCCGUGUCAAUAGCAUCUAUGGCCUACUGGCUGUGAUAUUCACGAUUGUACUAGAUGCCUUGAUCAUUUUGAUUUCUUACUGUCUAAUCCUCCAGGCAGUACUGGGCAUUGCUUCCAGGGAAGAGAGACUUAAGGUUCUCAACACCUGCUUCUCUCAUAUCUGUGUAGUCCUGCUCUUCUACGUGCCUCUCACUGGCAUGACUCUGAUCCACCGCUUUGGGAAGCAUUUGUCACCAAUCGUACACAUGCUAAUGGUCAAUAUCUACCUGCUGCUGCUUCCUGUGCUCAAUCCUACUGUGUACAGUGUUAGGACCAAGCAGAUCUGGCAGCAGAUUGUCUGA